AUGGUAGGCUUUCAGAGAAGGGGAUUGGGUAAUCUGCGACUUCUGCUCUCGCUUCUGCUCCUGGCAUACUGGGAGACCGGGAGCGGCCAGCUCCAUUACUCCGUCCCCGAGGAGGCCAAACACGGCACCUUCGUGGGCCGCAUCGCGCAGGACCUGGGGCUGGAGCUGACAGAGCUGGUGCCGCGCCUGUUCCGGGUGGCGUCCAAGGGCGGCGGGGACCUUCUGGAGGUAAAUCUGCAGAAUGGCAUUUUGUUUGUGAAUGGUCGGAUCGACCGGGAGGAGCUGUGCGGGCGCAGCGCGGAGUGCAGCCUGCACCUGGAGGUGAUCGUGGACAGGCCGCUGCAGGUGUUCCACGUGGAGGUGGAGGUGAAGGACAUUAACGACAACCCGCCGGUCUUCUCUCUCAAAGAACAAAAGCUGCUGAUUUCUGAAUCUAAGCAACCCGAGUCCCGCUUUCCGCUAGAGGGCGCGUCUGAUGCGGAUAUAGAAGAGAACGCGGUGCUGGCCUACAGACUGAGUCAAAAUGAGUAUUUUUCUCUGGAGUCACCAACAAAUAGUAAGCAGAUGAAAAGACUGUCCCUUGUAUUAAAAAAGUCUCUGGAUAGAGAAAAAAUCCCGGAAUUUAAUUUGCUACUGACAGCUACCGACGGAGGAAAACCGGAACUUACAGGCACAGUUCAGCUGUUUGUUCAAGUCUUGGAUGUUAACGACAACGAUCCGGAAUUUGAUCAGUUAGAAUAUAGAGUAAAGCUGAUGGAAAACAUUCCAGAAGAAACUCUUGUGAUAAAGCUGAACGCCACGGAUAGAGAUGAAGGAGUAAACCGCGAGGUAACCUACUCCUUGUUAUCCAUCAAACCCAAUGGAAGACACUUAUUUACACUAGAUGAAAAUAAUGGAGAAAUGAGGGUCAAUGGAUCUUUAGAUUAUGAAGAAAAUAAGUUUUAUGAAAUUGAAGUGCAAGCCACAGAUAAGGGGACUCCCCCAAUGGCCGGUCACUGUACCGUUUGGAUAGCAAUCUUAGACACUAAUGAUAAUUCCCCUAAAAUCAUCGUGAAUUCUCUGUCCUUCUCAGUCCCUGAGGAUGCUCAGCCCAGCACCGUGAUUGCCUUGAUUAGCGUGUCCGACCUUGACUCUGGGGUCAAUGGGCAGGUGACCUGCUCCCUGACGCCUGACACACCCUUCAAGCUGGUGUCCACCUUCAAAAAUUAUUACUCAUUAGUGCUGGACAGCGCCCUGGACCGAGAGACCACCUCUGACUAUGAGUUGGUGGUGACCGCGCGUGACGGGGGCUCGCCUCCGCUGUGGGCCACCGCCAGCGUGUCGGUGGAGGUGGCCGACGUGAACGACAACGCGCCCGUGUUCGCACAGGCCGAGUACACGGUGUUCGUGAAGGAGAACAACGCGCCCGGCUCGCACAUCUUCACGGUGUGGGCGCGCGACGCGGACGCGCAGGAGAACGCGCGCGUGUCGUACUCGCUGGUGGAGCGGCGGGUGGGCGAGCGCAGCCUGUCGAGCUACGUGUCGGUGCACGCGGAGAGCGGCAAGGUGUACGCGCUGCAGCCGCUGGACCACGAGGAGCUGGAGCUGCUGCAGUUCCAGGUGAGCGCGCGCGACGCUGGCGUGCCCGCCCUGGGCAGCAACGUGACUCUGCAGGUGUUCGUGCUGGACGAGAACGACAAUGCGCCUGCGCUGCUGGGGCCUCCCGGCGGCGGCGGCGGCGGCGGCGGCGGCGCGCGCAGCGAAGUGCUGUGGCGCUCGGUGGGCGCUGGCCACGUGGUGACCAAGGUGCGCGCGGUGGACGCGGACUCUGGCUACAACGCGUGGCUGUCGUACGAGCUGCAGCCGGCGGCGGCCGGUGCGCGCAGCCCGUUCCGCGUGGGGCUGUACACGGGCGAGAUCAGCACCACGCGCGCGCUGGACGAGGCGGACGCCGCGAGGCAGCGCCUGUUGGUGCUGGUGAAGGACCAUGGCGAGCCGGCGCUGACGGCCACCGCCACGGUGCUGGUGUCUCUGGUGGACAGCGGCCAAUCGCCCAAGCUGUCUUUGCGUGCAUCGGAGGGCGCCGUGGCUUCGGAGGCGACGCUGGUGGACGUGAACGUGUACCUGAUCAUCGCCAUCUGCGCGGUGUGCAGCCUGCUGGUGCUGACGCUGGUGCUGUACGUGGCGCUGCGGUGCUCUGGGGCGGCUGUGGGGCGGAGCGAGGGCGCGUGCGCGCCUGGGAAGCCUGUGCUGGUGUGCUCCAGCGCGGUGGGGAGCUGGUCCUACUCUCAGCAGAGGAGGCAGAGGGUGUGCUCUGGGGAGGGCCCGCCCAAGACCGACCUCAUGGCCUUCAGCCCGAGUCUGACUCCCAAUUUGGAUAGAGAAGACGAAAGAGAGAGACAGGAGUCAGGAUGUAACCACCUUGCACAGACUAUUGUUCUUCUCUUUGACGCUAAGAUGCUGUAG